UCCGCCUCCUCAGCGAAUACUCAGAAACGAACUGGAAUGGACCAUUAAAUUUCUAAAGCGGCGCUGAAGUGAUUGAAAUCAGAAGGGUUGUUGCUCCAUCAGAACCGACCGCAGUUUCGAAAUGGUGUCCCCGGUCACAGUGGUGAAGAGUGAGGGUCCGAAGCUGGUGCCCUUCUUCAAGACCACGUGUGUUUACUUUGUCCUGUGGCUGCCAACGUCCACCCCAUCGUGGUUCAGCGCCCUCAUCAAGUGUCUGCCCAUCUUCUGCCUGUGGAUCUUCCUGCUGGCUCACGGGAUCAGCUUUCUUCAUGCCCACCCCAGUGCCCGCCGGAUCCUGGCUGGUCUAAUCUUCUCUUUACUGGGUGAUGCCUUCCUGAUCUGGCAAGAGCAAGGCUACUUCAUUCAUGGUCUGCUGAUGUUUGCCAUCACUCAUAUCCUGUACUCCUCAGCUUUUGGGAUGAAGCCCCUGAACCUGCCGGUGGGGCUGGUCAUCAUCAUGGUGUCUGGUGUCUCCUAUGCCUUGCUCUACUCUUACCUGGCUGGACCGCUCACCUACCUGGUUGCCGUCUACAUUGGCAUCAUUGCUUUUAUGGGCUGGCGGGCCAUUGCAGGGGUCCAGCUGGCCAACGACCUGUGGACUUGGACCAAACUUUCAGCCUGUUUGGGCGCCAUGUUGUUUAUGGUGUCGGAUCUCACAAUUGCCGUCAACAAGUUCUGUUUUCCAGUGCCCCAUUCUCGGGCCAUUAUUAUGGCCACGUAUUAUGCGGCCCAGAUGCUGAUUGCAUUGUCUGCUGUGGAGUGCCAAGAUGAGGACCACAAAAAGAAGAUUGCUUGACCGGCCAGGUGGGUUUCCAGUGCAGACCUGAGGGGCUGCCAUGUUGAACUUGUGGACCCUGCAACUGCCGCAACUCCUACUUCAGUCACUGUUCAUUCCAAAAUUGUUCAGCCCCUCUUAUAACAAGGGGGAAGGGCAACGUCAUUUAAGGCAACUGUAUGUGGAAUGUUGGCAAUCCAUUAACCAUUUCAAGGUGCUUCAGAGGCUUUAGUGCCCAUCUGCUGCCACCCUCAGGCCUUUCUUUUCUUUCUGUAAUGUCAGCCAUCUUGCUGAGGUAACUUGCUUAACCACAAAUCAUGGAAAUGUCAGGUUCUUAACUUGGUUUGGCAGUGGGUUCACUUUAACCUCCUGAUUUCCGUCAUUUCCAUCUCCUCAUCUUGAUGGAUCAUGUUGCCUUUUACCUCGACUAAUUCCCCACCCUGCCCCCCAUUGCUGGUAUUUAUUAUCGUACUGAAGCUUAAUUUCCAUAUUCCAUAAUUGCUCUUUUCCAGGGAAAAUGCUGUGUGCGUUCAGUGUACUUAACUACGCUUCUGUUGGGGCGGCUUGUCAGUUCUGUGCUGUGAUGCGCUAAUUUGGCUUUUCAUACGUACUGUAGUAUGGACAAAGUGCAAAACGUGCAACCUGUGAAGUGCUGGCAUUGAAGGGGAGGCAGGGGAUCCCCUCUAGAAGAUUGGUGACAGAGCUCUGGGGGGGGACAUCAUGUAAAUGUAAGACUGGCUGGGAUGGCUCACCCACUUCCCCCAACAUAAUCUUUGGGCUUGAAAGGCAACUAGACGUUAAUUAAUAUAACACCUUUCAGAGUCGACCCCGUUAAAAAAAAAUAAACAAGAAUAAAACACAGUAACUUUGAUAAAAUACAUAGAUAUGAAGUGAUCUACAGUGUACACUGCAUGGGCACUGUGCAAUUUAAAACAAGCAAUAUGGGAAAUAGAGCUUAAAGUACAAGUGCUGAUCACCUUUUGGGAAGAUCUACAGUGUGGGCCCAUUUCCCUAAUGCUAGCAGACCCUAAAAAAUUCAUUUAGACACACCUUAUGUGGGAAAAGUGUGAAUGCAGACAAGACGAUCGGCGAAUUUGAGAAUCAAUGUAGGGUCUCCCAGGCUGUUAGAAGUGCCGAUCACUGUGGGUGAGUUUGUCGGGAAAUCUGGGCAUUCGCAGAUUAUAGGGUAGUAGGUGAAGAAUCGAGAUCCAGAGAUUUUCUUUUGUAGUGGUUGACCACCUUUUUAUGCACAGUACUGGAAAGUUUUUUGAACCCUUCAAGGUGCUAUUUAGAGAAAUUGUAAGAAAUUUAAGUCUUAAUGAAUAUAUGAUAGAACUUUGCUUCCUCUGGUCAGGCAGGAAAUUUGAAGAAUAAGAGUGAAGCACAGUUGGUAACUGCCCUUACUUCUUUUUGUCUCUGCCUCCAUUAAGUUAGUUUGCUGCAUGGUGACCUGAACACUGAGUUUGUUGUACAAGGGUUCUUAGAUCUGCCUGGUUGGUUAUCAUGCACAGGGAAAUUCUGCCAACUACGCCACUGUAAAAAGACAGGUAGGACAAUACAUGAAAAGAGUUGGGGUGCCCAAAACAGUAACCUCAUUGAAUUGCAAGGAUGAAAGAACUAAUAAAAAAUAGAAAGACUGAGGGUCUAAUAACAUGAAGGUGUCUUUAGCGAUAAGGUCUGUCCUCGUUGGUAGCAGGGUCCAAACUGCAUGCUGACUUCAUGGUUGAUGCUCUUUGUAAAUAAGGCCCAGACUGAAAGGGGCCAAACGUUUGGAGGUGGGGUGGAAGUGAUGUCACGGUUUGCCCAUGUUUUCUUCCUCCAUUCUAAAGUGAAACUGGUGGUUAUCGACUGUGUUUCAGUCUUACCAUUUCCCGUGUUUCCUACCUGACCAGAGUCAGUGAAGUGCUCUCGUGGGUUGUGUGUGUGACAGUAUAGAGAAUGAAGACUUCUGACAUUUUAGUAGUCCGUAAUAUUUAACAUAUAUAAUAUACUGUGAUAAAUUAAUUCAAAUAACACGUUGGAAAGUUUUGGGGAUUAGCCCCAUAUAAUCUCGUGAAUCAGAUUUGGUCAAAGUAAAUUGGAAAAACAACAAACAUUCGAUCUAACAUUGGUGUGAGGAUCGUUUUUAUACAGAAAAAUGGCUGAAGGAAAUGACGUGGCAGGAAGUUAGUGUGAACCGGAAAUUAUGUCAUUAUGGCGGGACCGGAAGUGACAUCAUCUGAGUUGGCCAGGAAGUGACGUUAUUAUGCCAGGGCUUGAAGUGACGUCAUCUGAGUUGGCCGGAAAUGACGUCAUCUGCAGGAGUUGGAAGUGAUUUAGUGGAGCCAUUUUCUAGUAAGAUUAUUGUUGAUGGUGGUUGUGUAUUAUUUUACCCACUGUCAUUCAUUUUACCCACUGUCUUUCUUUCAUUCAUAUGUUACGUAGGCACGUACCUUUUAUCUUUGGCAAUCUCAUUCUCUAACCAGGCCUCAGGAGCUAACUAGCGUAACACUGUCCACCACCCCUUUCAUUAUUCCGGCACAUUGUUGACAUCCGUGACUAACAACAACGUACUAAACUGGAAGGUGGUCUACGCAUGCGUGGAAUUCGCGGACAAACAAAGAUCAAGAUCCAAAUGAAGAUUAUAUAAAAAGAUUAGUUAAUUUAAAGCACAACAAUUUGUUUAGUUUGAAUGUCUGUGUUUUGAGGUGUGACUGGAGUACUACAGUCUUCAGUAGUAUAAGCCUGGAGGAGAUUCUUAAUGCAAUGCCUAUGUUUGAGCUGUCUCUCUACUGCCAUCUAGUGCUUCUUCUUCUAAUUCAUUCAUGGACAAACAAAGAUCAAGAUCCAAAUGAAGAUUAUAUAUAGAGAUAUAUGUAUACUGUAUAUGUAAGAAUUUUUUUCAUUUAAUGUGGGAGCCCCUUUUUGUGGAACCAGGUUCAGCUGCUCCAUUUGCGGUUUUGCACCAUAUGGCCCAUAGUAAAUCCAACAAUGGAAAAUUUCUGUGGUGCCCCCCUUCCCUUGAUGCCCUACACAUGUGCUUAUUUUACUUAAUGAUUAAUCCACCCCUGCCAGGCCAUCUGGAGGAGAUAUAAUCCCCCCAGCAAGCUCUGGGUCUUCCUCAUGGUCUCCUCCCAGCUGGUCAUGUCCCUAAAACCUCCACUGGGAGGCAUCCGCAUCAGAUGCCCGAACCAGCUCAAUCGGCUUCUCCCGAUGCGGAAGGUCCCAUUCCAACCCUCUUCCCCGAUGUCUGCGCUUGUCACCCUACCUCUAAAGGACAGCCCAGCCACCCUCAUGGAAAGCUCAUUUCACCCGCCUGUACCCACCAUCCCAUUCUUUCGGUGAUUAUGCAAAUCUCAUGACCAUAAAGGAGGGUAGGGACACAGAUCGCCUCGUAAAUGGAGAACUUUGCCAACUACUUGCCUUAAUACAUCUUUAAAUUGAUUGCGUGCACACAUUUGCUUUACCCCCUGGAGCAAUUAUUCCCUGGCUUGCCCCACUUUCAUCCUACCUAGGCUCUUGCUCCAUGCAACACAAUUGUGGAAUCGCUCUCAGUUCACAAAAACGAAUCAAUGAAUGGGAAGGCGAUUGUCUUAGCAUCAAACUACCAAUAUAUGAAAGGUAACUGGCGCAUCAUUGGGACCAAAGGGCAUAUUGCAAUCGUAUUACUGUAUAUACAUGGGAUCUGCUUGCAUUUUAGGUUGUGUUACUAAAAUGGAGGUCUCUUGUUGUCAAAAUGUUAUCUGUCUGUAUAUUUAAAAUGUGUUUGUUUGUGCAUCAGUGUAUUUAGCACAACUUCAUGCCUUCACUUUGCCUCGUUUCUGUUGUGCAAGAUAAGGGAUCUAAACUAAUUUAUUAUUCUUUUAUUAAUUCUAAGCCCUCUCAUUAUUAUUGCCAGGGUCUUCUGUAAAUUAAAUUUAUUUUGUUUAGUUAUCAUUUUUUUAAGCUGGACAUUUAUUUUUACUUUUUGUACAGAGCUUUUCCUCCUAUAAGACCCUCCCCAUACGUUGCGUCACACAUAAUACCUCUUUCUACGUCUGUUUUUUACCAUGAUAUGGAAAAAGGAUGGAAAUGUCUUAAUAGUAGGUGAAAGCAUCAUGUCAUAACAGGCUCUCAUCCAUUAAAAUGUCCCCUUAGAUAAAAAAAAAAAAAACCUGUAAAAGAGGGCAAGACAAAUAGUGUGGCGACACAGCAACUCCGAAUAUUAUAAAGGCCCCAAAAAAAGGUGUAGCUUUUCAGCAAAAGAAACGUCACUAAGGACACAAGUCUGAGAUCAGGCUGACUAAAAUGGUGACACUUCCAGUUAAGUACGGGCCAGGCAGGAAGAGGUGUGUCCCUAGGGAUGGGGGUCGGACACCGGAAGUGACAUCAGAGGUUGUUGGGUUGUAAGUCUUCUGGUCUGUAGAGGGAGGAAGAGAAGAGGUGUUAGAAUACGGCGCCUCCGUGUGGAUGGGCAAGGAAUUACCACCACCAGAGGCUUUAAGCCAGGGGUCCUCAGUCACAGUCCUGAAGGGCCGCGGUGGCUCCAUGUGUUUGUUCUAACCCGGUUGUUUAAUUAGAAAGCAAUUCUUACCAAUAAUUUAAUUUGAUGGCUUGUUAGUGCUUUAACUCUGCUAUGUCUGGUAAUUCUCACAUCCUGAAUUCUCUUCCCCUUUCUAAGAACAAAUCACCAGGACCAGAUAAUAUUUAUCCUCGUGUUCUUAAGGAGGCUAGUGAGUACAUAUAUAAACCCUUGACGCAUAUUUUUAGGAAGUCACUGCGCACUGGAGAGAUUCUGAAGGACUGGAAAAUGGCAAAUAUCAUCCCAUUAUAUAAAAAGGGUGACAGGGCAGAUCCAAGCAACUAUAGGCCAGUAAGCUUAACGGGCAUCACAGGAAAAUUAAUGGAAGGAAUUAUUAAGGAUAAGAUCGAGCAACACCUGGCAAGGACAGGAGUUAUUCUAAGCAGUCAGCAUGGGUUCAGAAAAGGGGCAACAAAAGGAUACGAUCAAAGUGGAGCAGAUGAUACUAUUUAUCUGGACUUUCAGAAAGCAUUUGAUAAGGUGCCACAUGAGAGGUUGGGCAUCAAAUUAAAAGAAGUGGGAGUUCAGGGUGAUGUUUGUAGAUGGGUGCAGAAUUGGCUCAGGACACAGGAAGCAGAGGGUGAUGGUGCGAGGAACCUCAUCAGAACUGGCUGAUGUUAAGAGUGGUGACCAGCAGGGGUCAGUGCUAGGGCCGCUGCUAUUUUUAAUAUCUAUAAAUGAUUUAGAUAGGAAUAUAAGUAACAAGCUGGUUAAGUUUGCAGAUGAUACCAAGAUAGGUGGAUUAGCAGAUAAUUUGGAAUCUGGUAUAUCAUUACAAAAGGACUUGGAUAGCAUACAGGCUUGGGCAGAUUUGUGGCAGAUGAAAUUUAAUGUCAGUAAAUGUAAAGUAUGACACAUUGGAAAUAAAAAUGUUAGGUUUGAAUACACAAUGGGCGGUCGGAAAAUCGAGAGUACACCUUAUGAGAAGGAUUUAGGAGUCAUAGUGGACUCUAAGCUAUCGACUUCCCGACAGUGUUCAGAAGCCAUUAAGAAGGCUCACAGGUUAUAUAGCGCCUUGAUGUGUGGAGUACAAGUCCAAGGAGGUUCUGCUCAACAUUUGUAAUGCACUGGUGAGGCCUCAACUUGAGUACUGUGUGCAGUUUUGGUCUCCAGGCUACAAAAAGGACAUAGCAGCACUAGAGAAGGUCCAGAGCAGAGCGACUAGGCUGAUUCCAGGGCUACAGGGGUUGAAUUAUGAGGAAAGAUUAAAAGAGCUGAGCCUUUACAGUUUAAGCAAAAGAAGAUUAAGAGGUGACAUGAUUGAAGUGUUUAAAAUGAUGAAGUGAAUUAGUCCAGUGGAUCGAGACGGUGACUUUAAAAUGAGUUCAUCAAGAACACGGGGACACAGUUGGAAACUUGUUAAGGGUAAAUUUCGCUCAAACAUUAGGAAGUUUUUCUUUACACAAAGAACGAAAGAAACUUGGAAUAAGCGACCAAGUAGUGUGGUAGACAGUAAGACGUUAGAGUCUGUCAAAACUCGACUUGAUGUUUUCUUGGAAGAAAUAAGUGGAUAGGACUGGCGAGCUUUGUUGGGCUGAAUGGCCUGUUCUCGUCUAGAGUGUUCUAAUGUUCUAAUAUCAUCCAAAUGAUUUUGAAGUGCUAAAAUGGAGGAGUAAUUCUCAGUCCUUCACUUUUUUCUCUUCACUUUUCUUCCAAGUAUUUAAUUAAACUCAAUAGUGCCUGAUAAAUACACACACAGAGGUGUAAAUGGUAACAAGCUAAAUGGAAAAAUGCUGCUCUCUUUUGUCAUUUGCAUGUUAUUGCUAAUUAGGAACCAUUAAAAUACAGCUGUUUAAGACUAAAAUAAGCAAUAAGGGUUCCAAAUCCUAAAGAGGCGAGACAACUAAAGUGAAGCAGAAGUGUUACUUGAGCAAUAACGGAUUUCUUAAUAAGCAACUGGGUUGGAGCAAAAUCCUGCAGCCAUUGCGGCCCCCCAGGACCGUGACUGAGAACCCCUGCUUUAAGUUGCCCCCAAGGCACACAUGUGUGACAGUAUAUACACAUUAUAUAGAUGUACAGUAUAUGUUCCCAUAUACUAUAUGGCCAAAAGUUUAUGGACACCUGACCAUCACACCUAUGUGAUGAUGUUGGACAGUCCAUUCCAAAACCAUGGAUAUUAAUAUGGAGCAUCCAAUUCCCACCCCCCACAUACCCUCCCCACUUUGCCCGUGAGAGGCACUACAUUACCACCACCAGAGUCUUUAAGCUGUCCCCAAUACGCAAAUGUGUGACACAUCUUUCAGUAGGUACAAAUAUGCGGUUAUACAUAUUUCCUUUUCAAAGAAUUAUACCUUUAGCCCGAAUAAAGAAUUGAAAUGUCUCUUUAUAGAGCACAUUUUUUCUAUGAAUGUAAAAUUUAAAAGAAAUAAAUAUCAGAGGAUUGAUUAUUGAUGAUAAAGACGUGAAUGGAAUUUACAAUACUUUAUACUAUUAUAAACAAGUUAUAACAAAGUCAUAUUGAACAAAAUGGAACACACCUAGCUCUGGGUGAGUAUGUGUGAGCCUUUACAGACAGAUCCACAAGAAGAGUUUCAAUGUUUAUUAAAAUAAAGUCCACUUUAAGUCUUUCAAAUCUUUCAACUACAGCAGGGACACAUUAUCUUCAAUAUGAACAAAUGUCAUUAAUGUUCUCCUAUUUGUAGUUUUUCUUUUUAAUUUUGUUAAAUCAUUGACACAAGGUAGUUUGAAUUCUAGAUUAAAGAGUUGUAUUAAGGGGAAGUUAGCAGCGUUUUGUCCGCUUUAACAAUGUUUUCCGUUUUUUCUUGUGGGAGACGUAGGGCUGUUAUUAGUUGUUUUGCUGUACAUCACAAUUUUUUGGUAGUUUUUUUAUCUCAAUCGUGUAACGUUUUGGGACAGUCGAUGCUUUUCUGUUGGCACAUGAACUUUUAGAAAAGGUCCAUGUUUGAAAACUACAGUUGAUACACAAACAUUACCAACCAUCUGUUGUCUGAAAAUUGUAAAAGUUCUGUUGAUACACGAGUGCAGGAAUGACCACAACACAACUUUGGGGUCAUCCCGUUUAUUGUCCGGAGACAAAAGCAAAAACAAAAGAAAACGCUCCUUGGCGUGCAUCCCGUAAUGCUUUAAGACAACGUUGUUGGGCUGGAUGCCCAAGUCAUGCUGUUAGCGGAGCAAUGUCAAGAAGGUUGCUCGAGCCAGUAAAUGACGCCUCCUUCUUAGACGCCCGGGUUUUAAUGGUAGCUGAAACAGAAGGGGCGGUUGAGUCAGUUGAUGUCACAUGACAGCUUCUCGGCACUGUGGAGUGUUAGCGGCAGCGCCCUAUCUCAUCACAGCGGGUUAUUACAUACCUUGAAUAAGCCUGCAAGGAGGUCCUCCGACGCGCGUGCAUGACAACAUAUAUUGAGGAAAAUAUCGCCAACGCUUCUUUGAAAAUGAUCAAAGUUCUACUCAUGCAUGAACAUUGAGAAAAGAUUGUUUGAAUAUUACAUCAGUUCUGUUGAUACAUGAAUAUUACUAACUAACAAUUCUUUUGAUAUACACAUUUUGAGAAAAAUAUCGCAAAAGAUUGUUUGAAAAGUUCUGAAAGUUCUGUUGGCACACGAAAAUUGAGGAAAAUAUUCCAAAAGUCUGUUUGAAAAUAAGAUCUGCUGAUUCACAGACACUGAGAAGUUACUGUAAACAAUUCUUUGAAUGUUCUGAAAAUUAUUUUGGUGCACAAAACAUUAAGAAAUGACCACAAUUGUUUGACAAUUGCGAAACUUCUGUUGAUACACGAAUGUCGAGGAAAAUAUUGCAAAACAGCUUUUGAAAAUGAUGCGUAAACAUAUCACAGAAACUACUACAAGAUUAUGAGAUGUCUGUUUUUACUCCUGCUGGUAGUGUUUUAACUACAGAACGAUGUGAACGGCCAACGCUGUGUGGUUGUAUCACUUUUGGUGUAAAUCAGAGCUUUAACAUUAAUCACGUGUCAAAAGAACGUUGAUUAUUUUCUACGGUAUUUUCCCAAUGUUCUUGUAUCAAUGACACGGUAUGAAUUGGAUGUACUAUGCCAACGUGUCAGUUUUGGUAUAAGUUAGUGGUUGUUGGUGGUUAUUGUAGUUUCGUAACUGCUGACAAAGUAGUAAGUGAAAGUUUUCCAAAAAAUCCUUUUGUCCAAAGCUGAUGGCUCAGAUGGAGAGGGCAAUGACAAAGGAUCACCCUUGCCCUUUCCGUGUUUUGCCAUCAAACUUCGAUCACCUGUGAACAAAUUAAUAACCAAUCACAUGUUCUUUUUCAUGGAAAGACAUUCUCAUUGGUCACAAUCUUAAUACAUAAUUUGCCAGUCUCCUCACUCACUCACUAAUUCACUCACUCACGUCCGUCCAAAGCCGAAUGCGCAGUUGCCUUCUGCGCAGCUGCCCGAAAAAUCUUACGAGACCGACAUCGCGGCAGGCGGCGGAUUUACGGCCGUGAAAAUUCAAAGAGAAAGGCGAUUAUGGCCGCGAAAAUUGAAAGAGAAAGGCGACUUCGAUUAAAGCUCCAGAGGCCUGAAAGGCGAUUUCGACUACAGCUCCAGACCUAAUUCCGCAUUCAUUCAAUACACCUAUAUUAGGUUUGUGGUACGGAAUGCGCAGUCGCCUUCUGCGCACGUCGCAUUCUGUGCAUGUCCGAAGCCGAAUGCGCAGUCGCCUCCUGCGCAGCUGCCCGAAAAACCUUACGAGACCUACAUCGCGGCAGGCGGUGGAUAUACGGCCGCAAAAAUUCAAAGAGAAAGGCGACUUCGAUUAAAGCUCUAGAGGCCUGAAAGGUGAUUUCAACUACAGCUCCAGAUCUAAUUACGCAUUCAUUCAAUGCACCUAUAUCAGGUUUGUGGUGCUUAUACUUACUACUAUUGCACUUGUGCCCAUUUCAUCUUAUGUUGUCGAAACGGGCUCUUUGUCUAGUUAUGUAAUAAAACACUGCAUUGGGUAAAAUUAACACAAACCUCUGCAUCACCUGUCAUGGUCGGGGUGGGGGGGGGGGUCCUCCAUUAUAGCCCAUAAGAGCAUAAUGCAGAGGUUAGAGAGAAGGUGCGGAGCAUGCGCUGAUAACACAUUGUCGCACCCACCACACAACGAACCACCCAGAUUGAGACCCGAGUGCAGCGGGUGACACCUCAGCACCACACUGAAUCAUUGUAAGUUUUUUUUUUUUUUUUAUACAGUGGCUGGAGUGCCAAUCCAAUGCAGCAUCAAGAAAGUGUUGUCUAAAAAACAAUGCCAUAACCAACACAUACCGUAUGCGAGUAUAUUUUUAGUUCUCAGAAGACCCUAUUUCAGGCAUACAUUCCUGCCCCCACAACAUGUGCCAGGGCUGAUGCAUUGCAUGCUGGGAAUGUUGAAGUGAACUCUUCCUCAAAAGGCCCAAGUAUUCUGAGACGAGCCUCAACCAAAGCUGCCACCCUGCAAAGGGCGCAACGGAGAGUGCAAUUUAACAGGGUGCAACAUGGCCAAAGGGGUCUAAGAGGGUCAUUAAAUGAUGUAGCUUUGUGCCCAUUGGCACAUACCAGUGGGUGAUGUUUUUUUUAAACCACUUUAAGUGUUACAAUGGCAAUUUCCCAAAGCAGAUGUUGUUACAAAUUAUGAUCUUAUUAUAAUCAAAAAUGGAAUGGUAUUAUCUUUUUCAGUAUAAAUGAUUGUAGAGCAGUAGAAUUUGAGCCUUCUGCAUUCGGCAUUUUGUGCUGUGCCUGAGUUGUAUCAACGACAGACUGGGCUGGUCCUUCAAGAGAGGCUCCAAUUGCAGACAUGUUGGGUGAGACCCGACCCGAAUGGUGUCCUAUCAUGGUGAUUCAUGCAUAUGACUCUUCUUUUAUGACUGUAAUUUUAUAAAUGAUCACUGUUUAUUGUUGUUGCUGUAGCAAGAGUGCUGAGAAUGUGAAUUAUAAUGCAAACGCAAUGCAAAAUUUGAACCUCCA